ACAAUUUGUGGCGCUAACAAACUCAACAAAAUGUGAUUAUCCAACAUGAAUAUCUUUAUUGAGACAGCACUUUCAGACACGAUGAGGGCUUCUGUGGUGUUUUUCCUGGCUGUCAGCUUUGCCAUGUUUGAAUUUGGCGUCACUCUGCAGUGUUACUCCUGCCCUCACGGCUCCUCCGAAAAAUGUGAUGCCACAGAGGAGUGUAACCAAGGUGAUGACAGCUGCCUGAAACUCAGCAGUGAUGGUAUACCCUUCAGGAAAGACCUACACUUGUCACACUGUGACUUCAGGAUUCUGGGGACCAGAUAUCCAGUCCCUAACUUCACCUUUUCCUGCUGUCAGUCAAAUCUCUGCAAUGGUGAAAGUAAAAGUUUUCUUCAGAAACUGAAAGAUUUCUUUGGUUAAGAAAUAUUAAGAAGAAAGAUAAAAUUCAAUGUAAUUUUAAACUGUAAUUCCAAUCUGUUGAUUAUUAUUCAUAUCUCUUACAAUGUAUGCCAUUGAACAUUGUUACACACUCAACAAUAAAGUCUUAUCUUAACAAAAUAUAUGCACUCACUUUGCUCCAAGACACAUUUCAGUUAACAAAAUUAGUCUUUCUGCACUGUGAAUUUCUCUUUCUUUAGUCAUUUCUAUUUUCUUUCACACAUGUUCCCAUGUAAUUUUCAUUCUUGUAACACUUUGGCACUAUUACAGUUUUUUGUUAGUAAAAACGUUGUUACUAAGCUGAAAAUGUUAUUAAUAAAUGGAUUUUGGUCGA